AGCCGAGUAGGAACGGAGAAAGCCAAGGUGCCCUCAAUGGCGAUGGUGCGCCACCAGCUCUUCCUUUUUGACAUCUGCCAUAGCUAAUGCACCCACUGAGCAGUGCGAUUCAUUUUCGAUUCGUGUGGUUUGAAUUGAUUCGUAGAGGAACAGGAGGGUAGUUAUUGAAGGAAAUCCGGAGAAAGGGUGGAUUUUAGCGAAAACGGCUGAGAAGGGAGAGGGCGGGUCGAGGCGGAGAUCAAUUUGCCAUCUCUUUCGUUAGACAUCUGGUGUCUUAAUGAACAUGCCAGAUUCGAGCGAGGAAUUAGAAAAAGGCUCUGCUGAUAGUGUCGGUCAAGUAAGGGAAGACAGCGAAUAUGUAAGAUUGGUUAUACCAAACGAACCAAGGAUGGCUGAAGCUGGUGCUUUGAAUUCGCAAACACAGGAAAGAAAGAGCUCUCGUUCCUGGUGGAUGAAGGCCAUAAUAUGGUGCUCCAUCAUCGCGAUUUUUCUUCUAAUCUUUGUAAAAUGGGGGGUCCCAUUUCUCGUAGAGAAGGUUCUUUAUCCAAUCUUGCAAUGGGAAGCCACGGCAUUUGGCCGCCCUGUCCUUGCUUUGGUGCUCGUAGGUUCAUUGGCAUUGUUCCCCGUAUUUCUCAUCCCUUCCGGCCCUUCCAUGUGGCUAGCUGGGAUGAUAUUCGGUUACGGCCUGGGAUUCGUCAUAAUCAUUGCUGGAACUACAAUUGGAAUGAUCCUACCGUACUUUGUUGGCUUACUCUUCCGCGACCGGAUUCAUCAAUGGUUGAAGAAAUGGCCGCAGAAAGCUGCCAUGAUCAGAUUAGCCGGAGAAGGAAGCUGGUUCCAUCAGUUUAAAGUGGUCGCCCUCUUCCGAAUCUCGCCCUUCCCUUACACAAUCUUCAACUACGCAAUCGUUGUCACCACCAUGCGAUUCUGGCCGUACAUUUGUGGGUCCGUCACCGGAAUGAUACCCGAAUCCUUCGUCUACAUUUACAGUGGCCGGCUGAUAAGGACAUUAGCCGACGUGAAAUACGGCCACCAUCGCCUGACUGCCGUAGAGAUCGCGUACAACGUCAUCUCGUUCGUCAUCGCAAUCAGCGCUGUAGUUGCCUUCACCGCAUACGCUAAGAGAACACUGAGUGAGCUCGAGACAGCCGACAGCAAUGAUCUGCGAAGCCCCGGCAGCGAACGGGCCAAUUUCGAGCUCGAUAAGCUUCCUUUCGAAAAAUAUAACUCCAGUUUAACGAAGUAGUUUGUUUUGUUUGUACAGCUUGAAUUGAAUACAGUCGAAAAUGGGGUUAUUUUCGUGCAUCCCCUUGCCAUAGAAAUGGAUUCUUUCCUCCUGUUGUAUCCUUCUUUACACUCAAUUUUAUGCUAAAUUUUUCUACA